AUGGGAGGAACAAGUCUAACAAGAAGCUCCCUCUACUCAUCCCUGCUGAGCCUGCUUUUUUUCCUCCUCCAAUCUGCCUCUGGACGAGAGCUGAAGUUUGUGCUCUUAAUUUAUAGACAUGGUGACAGAAGCCCCAUUGAAAAAUAUCCUACCAGCCUACACAACGAAAGCGACUGGCCACAAGGAUUUGGACAAUUGACUAAGAUUGGAAUACAGCAGCAGUAUGAGCUUGGACAAUACAUAAAGCAGAGAUACUCAAACUUCUUGAAUGCUACCUACAAACGAGAAGAGAUUUUGAUCCAGAGCACAGAAACUGAUCGAACCAUUAUGAGUGCCCAAGCAAAUCUCGCUGGUCUUUUCCCCCCUACCGGUGAUCAAAUUUGGAAUGCAGAACUUCUUUGGCAACCUAUUCCAGUACAUGUUGUACCCAAGGAACAUGAUCCGAAAUUACGCUAUCCAAUGUUUAACUGUCCACGUUAUCUGGAACUUCUGAAGGAGACGAUGACCUCAAGGGAAUUCCAGGCCAAAAUUCAGCCAUAUCAGGAAUUUAUCAAAACAAUAUCUUUCUAUUCAGGAUAUAACCCUAGCACUCUGAAAUAUUUGGACAAUUUCAAACUUUGGCAUGUACAGGAUACUUUACUCUGUGAGUCUAUUCAUAAUUAUACCCUACCCAAAUGGGCAACCAACGAUGUAAGGGCCAAAUUGAGUGAACUAACCAUGAUGUCUUUAUCUGCCUUAUUUGGUAUUUACAAAAGAGAAGAGAAGGCACGGCUUCAAGGAGGUCUUCUUGUGAAAACUAUUCUCGAAAAUAUUUCAAAUGCUGCUCAAAAUUCACAUAAGAGAAAAAUGCUGGUCUACUCUGCACAUGAUACAACACUUGGAGCCCUGCAGAUGGCACUCAAUGUUUACAAUGAAAAACUGCUACCAUAUGCAGCUUGUCAGUUUUUUGAACUGUAUCAAGAAAGUAGUGGAGACUACACAAUUGAAAUGCAUUUUCGGAAUGACACUUCAAAAGAUCCCUAUCUACUUACCCUGCCUGGCUGCUCGCCUGCGUGUCCGCUAUCGCAAUUUGCAGAACUGGUUUCUCCCAUCUUAGUAGACGAUUGGGAAAGUGAAUGCAGGAAGACAGAAUAAAAGAAAGGCAUUGUGCUAUAAGACAAUGACCUGGACAUGAAUAAAGAAUCUGAACAACCACGAAGGACCAAUGCAACAGGCACUAGACCUGAGCACCACCAGUUAAUCAUGUAUCUCCAAGCCUGACUCCCAAACCAGACAUCCCAAAGCUCAAACCAGACACUGUAUUCCUUGAGUUCAACAAGGCGCUAUGAUCCAUUGAACUAGUGCAUCAUCGUAGGAAACAUGCUUGGCAGGAGUUCUUGGAAUACAAAAGGAGUGCUCAGCCACAGGCCCGCUCCUCUGAGGCCUUUCACAUAUCACAGAUGGGGCAGAGCCAGAGAAAGGUGGGAUUCUGGGUGUCAAGGCAAAAAUGGUACCAGUCUGGACUAAGAUCAUAUUGGAGCAAGCGACUCACUAGGCCUUUUCCUGUUCCUCCUGAGAGCUAAAACAGAACAGAACACAAGCAGGCUGGUAGCAUUUUGGUGUCUCUUCUACACAGAUCUAAGUUGUGUGGAAAGAGAAAUCCCACAAAGAUACCUUACUGACAAGA